UGAAGGUAGACACUCACAGCGAAUCAUGAAAGGGCUCGUACCUCUUGUGCUGGUCCUUCUUGGCCUCUGCUUCUACGAAGCAAAUGCCCUGGUCUGCCCAAGUCUUGUUAUUGAAAGUUACACCUUUAUAUCAGGCUCCAGUCUUGCAUUAAGGCUUCAGCUUGAGUCAUACAAUGCACCUCAAGAAGCUGUGGAAGCAAAAAUGGAAGUGAAGAAAUGCAUAGAUGAUAUAAGCUUUGUGAAUAGAAAAUUUAUUGAAGAAGUAAUGGUGUCUGCUCAGUCAGAUGGUCAAGAAUGA